GCUUUUUUUCUUUUUCCUUCCUCCUUAGUAUCCAUUUCCAGACAGGUGUUGUGAACAAUGCAGCUCAGCAGUAGCACUUUGGGUCAGAGGUCACACUUUGUCAGCUGCCACUAGAGGGACAUAUGGAGUUAGCACUGAAACAAUGACAGUGGAGCAAUGCAGCCCUUUCAGACAAAUCCCCUAAACUGGGUCUUUUCACUCUGAACCUCAGCUGUAUGCAAAUCUUUUUUUUUUUUUUUUACAGGGGGAUUGCUGGCUUCAUUGAAUGGCUCUGUGUGAAAGCCAGAAAUACAUUUUCCGUCUGGCAGAUGUCUCCUCAGGCUGCCUUAUUGUAGCUUCUGGGUUGUCCAGAUUUUACUUAGAUUUAAAACAUGUCUAAUCAUCCGUGUUUCAAGUCUAAAUAAGAUUUGUACAAUUAUAUUUUUCCUGAGAUUUCAAAGCUAAAAAUAAACUAAUUUUGUCAUUGCUUAAUGCUAAAAUUAGUAUGUGAAAUUUCUAAAUACAGAAAUGACUUACUUUCAGUGAUGAGACAACAUGCUGUUUUUCACAGCAGGUUUAAAGGAAUUCUGUGGUGGGAACUGGAAGACAAGAACAUAUGGGACUAAGGGUUCUGUGACCCCCUAAGCUUCCCCAUGUCCAUCUGUUCUCUUAUCCUUCAGGGAAAAGACUUCAGGCAUGGAGGUUAUCAGGACAUUUCUCAGCUUUACUUCACAGAAAGUAAAUAAAAAAAACUAUAAUAUACAUAUUUGGACUCGGGCUGUAAUGUUUGUCAUACUUUUAAUUGAAAAAUGUUGGUGUCAAAAGAAUUCAAUGGUCUAAAUACAAUAGAAUAGAAGCUUUAUUAAUCCUGAAGGAAAUUCAAAAGUUGCCAGCUGCUUCCAUUCACAACCACACUAACACAUCUAAAAAAAUAGACAGUAAAAUAAUAAAAUUCUAGAAACAUUUAGAUUAAAGUAUAUGCAUUAAAAAUACAGUAAAAUUUAAAAUUCAAUGAGGUAUUCUUUUGAUGCUCGGUUUGGGAGUUGUACUUUCUUAUAGUUCGAGAGACAAAAGAAAAAAAAUAUAUUUUUAGGGAUAACAGUCGAAAACAAUUGAUGAAUAGCAAAACAUUCUAAGACUUUUGGGGGAAUUUAAGCAGAAUUUCCAGAAUUUGGCUUUAACUCUCUGAAUUCUGAGUUUUGUCUCACAGUUCUGGGUUUUACUUCCGAUUUAAAAUUAACUGAAAACAAAAAAGGCAAGUUUUCAUGUUUUGAAUUGUGUUCUAAUGUUUCACUAAUGUGUGGGAGCCAGGAAAUAUUGCAAAAUAAGCUUUAAAAUGAAGUUCUAAAAUAUAUUUUAUAUUAUGCAUAAUUGUUAUCUAUGUGACUUAAUUUGUCAUAUAAAACACGUUUAAUGUUUUAACAUUAUUUUUCCCAAAUAUAUGUACUUUUAUGGCAAAAAAAAAAGGAAGUGGGAUUUCCAAAAUAAAAGCCUCCCCGCCUCGUGCGCUGACGCCAUUGGAGGAUCCGGCUGGCAAAGCCGAAGGGGUCGCGGUUUGCCGGGUCCAGUGAUUGGCUGCCCCGGCUCCUGUGUGCGGCAGAGCAGCCUGUCCGUUUGAAUGUGCGGGCAACUGGAGGGGAUCAUUUCCAUGGACCAUCUGUCUCGCUGGCUGGACUCACAACAAAGAAGGAUCCAGGAUGGUGUUAGUCCAUGUUGGAUACCUGGUUCUCCCCGACUUCAGCUCAGUUAGAAAUAGAGGCGUGCACUUCAGCAGGCAUCAGCACAGUCAUGCAACCUCCUGCCGACACUUUCACCUGGGCGCUCCACAGGCACCCAUCACAUCUGAGUUUUCUCUGGGAACUGCCAGCCAGCCCCCACAGACAGGCCUGGCCGCCCACCUGUCCCCCACACACCACCUCACUGCCCUACUCGCACCCCCUCAGUUUCAGGAUGUGCCCUCGUGGCCCUCAUUCCUACCUCAGGCCUUGCACCAGCAAUACCUCAUCCAGCAGCAGCUCCUGGAGGCGCAGCACCGCAGGAUCCUCCCGCACUCCAGAAGAACACAGGAUCGGGUUCCUCAGAACCACAGACUGCGAUCAGGCUAUGAAUACUCCCCUCCGCUCCAUGUCCCCCCACCAAUAUCUCAACAGCCACGGUACUUGGCAGAAGGCACCGACUGGGAUCUCAGCGUAGAUGCCGGGCUUCCUCAUCAGUACCAGCUUCAGCAGCUUCCUCAGCACUAUCAGCAUUAUUUGGUCUCCCCUCGAAUGCACCACUUCCCCAGGAACUCUUCCUCUUCUCAACUGGUUGUCCAUGAAAUCCGAAACUACCCGUACCCACAGCUGCAUCUGUUGGCUUUUCAAAGUCUGAAUCCCUCGAGGCAUGCCACUGCUGUGCGGGAAAGUUACGAGGAGCUUUUGCAGCUGGAGGACCGACUUGGAAGUGUCAGCAGAGGAGCUGUACAGACAACCAUCGAGAGAUUCACAUUUCCUCACAAGUAUAAGAAGAGAAAGCCCCUGCAGCUGAAGAUUGGUGAAGAAGAGGAGGAAACAGAUGUGGAUGAAAAGUGUACCAUCUGUUUGUCCAUGCUGGAGGAUGGAGAGGACGUCAGGAGACUUCCCUGCAUGCACCUCUUCCACCAGGGCUGCGUGGACCAGUGGUUGGCCACCAGCAGGAAGUGUCCAAUCUGUCGAGUUGACAUCGAAACACAGCUGAGCCCCGACAGCUGAUGGGAUUCAGCUCGAUCUCUCGUUUGGUUUCUUUGCUUCUUCCACUCCCCUUCUAUUGUGCGGGGUGUUUUUGCCAAAUGUCUAAAGACUUCAUGUGACAUAACAA